UAAUGUGAUUUGUAGAUAUUGCUUAGGGGGCGUGGUUAACGGAAAUUGGCGUUUGACAUAGGAAGUGUUGUUCUAGUGUUCAAUCAACGGGAGUUGAGAAAAGAGUGUUUCCCUUCUGUCAACAUACCACAUCCAGAUAGUUAUUUUUCAGUUGAGAAAAAUAAGGAAAACAGUUUUGUUUUCUCUUUUUGUCCCCCAGAUCAGUACCAUGGUCACAGAAGGGGAGCCCACAGACUUGGUGAAAGUGCUGCACCUGCUGGUGCUGUCCUUCGCAUGGGGAAUGCAGUUGUGGGUCUCCUUUAUAGCAGGUUUUGCACUGGUGAAGCAGGUAACACUGCACACCUUUGGGCUGGUGCAAAGCAAGCUGUUCCCUGUCUAUUUCUAUUGCCUACUGGGCAGCAACUCUGUCAGCCUUGCCGUGUAUGCAGUCUACCACCCCAGAGAGCUGCUGGAUUGGCACGAAAGCCUGCAGAUGGCCCUGUACUUUGUGGCAGUCAUCAUGGCAGGUCUAAAUGCACAGUGGUUCGGCCCGUCAGCCACAGAGGUCAUGUUCAAGCUGCGGGAGGUGGAGCAGGAGCAUGGCCUGGGGAACCAGAUAGGGAGAGGGAGCCAGAGGGAAGCCUUCGCCAAACUCAGGGAGCAGGACCCCAAGUACAAGGCCUACAAGAGCACCUUUGGCCGCUAUCAUGGUCUGUCCAACCUAUGCAACCUGAUUGGGUUUAUCUGCACAACCACCAACAUAGUGUACACAGCUCUCAAUUUACACACCAUUUAGAGAUUAUUUGUGUAUAUGUGGUGUUGUACUUGGUUGCAGGUUUCCAAAUUGUCUGUCAACAAGGGGAUGUACAGUGCCUUGCAAAAGUAUUUAUCCCCCUUGGCGUUUUUCCUAUUUUGUUGCAUUACAACCUGUAAUU